GCUACUUUGACAAUCAACGACCACGACUACAACGCAAUGGACGACCAGGAUCCCAUAUCCCAAUUCUUUCCCGGACAAGAAGACGUCGACCUGUACGCCGUUCUUAGCCUUUCUGAUGAUGCUACUAUCGGCGCUAUAAAGAAAUCUUACCGCCGACUCGCCCUAAUUUAUCACCCUGAUAAGCACGCGACUGCUACCGAAUCUGCCAGAGCAGUGGCUUCCACAAAGUUCCAGCAGGUGGGCUUUGCAUAUGCAGUCCUGAGCGACGAGAGACGCAGGCAGCGGUAUGACAAGACAGGCAAGACAGAUGAAGGCCCCGGGUUGAGUCCAGGCGAAGACGGUUGGGAGGCCUACUUUGAGGACCUUUUCGAUCGCGUUACCAGAGGAAAGCUUGACGACAUGAAGAAAGUGUAUCAAGGCUCUGCCGAAGAGGUAGCAGACCUCAAGUCGGCUUAUCUUGACACGAAGGGGUCUCUUGGGGAAAUAAUGACCUUUAUUCCUCAUUCCACACACGAAGAUGAAUCUCGCUUCAUUGUCAUCAUUUCUGACCUUAUCAGUAAGAAGGAGCUACCCUCCAUGCGCACUUGGGAGUCCAGCAUCAAGGACGAAAAAGCUCAACUCCUCAGGAAGAAGCAAGGAGAAAAAGAGGCUAAGGAGGCUGAAAAGUUGGCGAAGGAGCUCGGAGUGUGGGGCGAGUUUUACGGCAGUGGCAAAGUGGGCGAGCGAAAAGGCAAGGGUGGAAAGGGCAAGGGCAAAGCAAAGGAGAAAGACGAGCAAGAAGAAGAUACCUCUGCACUUCAGGCACUGAUUCUCAAGAAGCGUCAGAAAAGCAUGGAUGUAUUCUUCGACGGCUUGGCCGCGAAAUACGCAGAGCCAGAACCCAAAUCUAAGGGCAAGGGGAAGAAGCGUGGUAGGGCUGGCGAUGACGAUGGCGACGACGCGCCGAAGAAGAAAUCUAAACGCGCUGCUCCGCCACCGCCACCAGAUAUCGACGGUGCAGAGUUUGAAAAACUGCAACAGCAGCUGUUUGGGGACAAGGCCACCGGUGGGAGUUCAGGGGAAGAGGUUAAAAAGAGCAAAGGGAAGAAAACGAAAUCUAAGUGAAUGUUAUUAUUAUCUUGACUGAUCAUUAAUCUUGUCGCCGACUCUUUUUCACCCGGAGGCCAACUAGAGUCUGAUUGAAGGAUCUGAACAGCAUCAUGCUUACCGGUGGAUGUGAUCAAAUGCGAGAACAAGGA